AUGGAAAAUAAUAUAAUAGAAAAAGACAUUAUUAAAUAUUUUCAAGUUUUACCAGAAAUAGCCAUGAAAUCAGCAUAUAAAUCGAAGUGGACAUGUUCAGAAAUAUUUCGAUUAUUACCUGGAAUGUGUCAAAGUUUGUUAUUAAGAAUUAUUUUUCUAACGGAAAGAAUCAGCAUAAAUGAAAUGUACAAUCAAUUUAAAAUACCAAAUGAAACAAUGGAUGAAGUGAUUAAUACAAUCCAUAGCAUUCAUAUUAUUGAUAAAGAAGAAGAAGAUGGAAUUUUGUAUAUAAAACUCAACAAUGACUUUCAAAGUAAUUUUAAAAUGAAUCUUACGGGGUCAAUGGAGCCAGCAUAUAAAAUUAAAGAAGUUAACGAAAAAGUAUCAAAAAUAAUUCAAGAGAAAUGUUUAAAAGAAAAUUGUAUUAAAACAUUUGAAUAUUUUAUGAAUAAAUUACUUCAAUUUAAUAGUCAACCAAAUAUUUCAAAUAAUCCAUUAAGAAUAUUUAAAGACUUAGAAUUAGUUAAAGAAGAAACAAGACAAAUAACUCGAAAAGGAUAUCAAUUCUUAUUUCAAGAAACAAAAACACAACUUUGGGUUAUUAUGCUUAGUAUUAUUGGACUUAUUCAAAGAAGAAUAUCACCAUUUAUUAAUGAUGUUUUUGAAAUGACAUAUUUAAAAGAACAUAUUAUUUAUAACUGCGAUCAUUUUAAAAAAGUAUAUGGACCAGACCCACUUCAAUUAUUUAAUGACCUUGGUAUUAUUGUAUAUUAUAAAGAGCAAAAUGUUAUGGCAAUUACUCCAUUAAUGUCUCUUCUUCGAUCAAAUGCUAAUAUUCCAAGUGACCUUGUAAAAAAGCCUAAAACAAUAACUGAAAUUAAUUAUUCUGUUUAUAUUUAUACAGAGAGUCAGUUUCAAGUUGAUUUAUAUAGACUAUUUAUUAGAAAGAAUUUCCAAUUAGCUAAUUUAUGGGUUGGAAAACUUAAUCAUCAAUCAGUAACAGAGGCAUUUGCAAAAGGAAUUACUAGUGAAAUGUUAAUUAAUUUCUUGCAACCAAAUUUACCAAGAACAAUUCAAAAACAAAUUGAUUUAUGGAAAAAAGAAAUAAAUCGUUUUAAAGAAGAACAUGUAGUUCGUUAUAGAUUUUAUGAUGAUGCAAUUGGAAGACAAUUAUUUGUUAUAGUUAAAAAUGAAAGUGACAGAUUAAAAGCAACAAUAUUAGAAAAAGAAGAUAUUAGACUAAUAUUUGUAAAAUAUCAAUAUGGAGAAACUAUUCGAUCAUUCAUGAAAAAGAAAGAAAGAGAACUUUUAUUAAAACAACCACGUCCUUCUUCUACUUCUCUUCCUCUUUCAUUAUCAACUGAUAAUUCAAAAAACAAUAUUCAUUCAGGUAUUAAAAGAAAUGUUCCUGAAGGUAUAAAACCCAAACCAUCAAAGAAAUACAUUGUUGAUUGA